CAAUGUGGUAUUUUCUUGAUUCAGUGGGGAGAGGUUUCAGAAAGACGGAUGGCACUAUCAAAUCUCUCAAAUUUCUCGUUCUUAAUCGUGGUUUACUCCUAGUUUCAACGCAAGGUAUCUUGUUGAUUAUAUGGAUUGUAGAUAUGGAGUCCUGGUACUGGUUGCCUUUUCAUAUGAAUACGGUCAACAUUUAUGUCAAUACCACUCUUGUCAUGUUGAAUGAGCGAACAAAUAUCCGGGAAAAAGAGAGAGAAAAUGGUAUAAUGUCGUUAAAACUUGCUACUCGCAACCAAUUUUCUCUACGAUUUACUCCCAUGGAUGCAUUAUCUCGACCAGCCACGGCACAAGAUUCGGAGGCAGACAAGAGCGAGCUACACAAGCAAGGGGAUAGUGAAUUAUAUUGUGCUCCUGAAAGCGAAGUAUCUGGGUUCGACCUAACAACAAAUAGGCGAGGCUACUCGAGAGGGGGGCUGGACCUACCGUCGCCCCACGGCAAUGAAGAGAUCGUCGCUACUCCCAUUGACUUUUAACUCGGUCCACGAUGUUCCACGAUGCCCCACGAUGCAAUACGAAGCUACUAUGUUUAUGAUGUCACGAAUAUUUAUAUACAGUAUGAUGAAUGUAGACCUAGACACUGCGAAAAUCGAUACAUGUCUGUGAUGUUCUGUUAUGUGAACUCGAUGAGAAAAUUAGCGAGCUCUUGCCCAAGAGUACACUAGUAAAAAUCAGCAAAGAACGUGGGACGUUCCACUAACCCAAUAACGACCUUCUACCCCCUCAAAUUCCCAUCGCACGCUCCAUAGAACCUGAUAACACAGAUAACGAAGAUAACUAUAGGUGGGCGCACUCACCUCAAAAUUGACAUGCGACAGACAUGAUUAUUUAGUAACCAAUUUCAAUUCAAUGGCACUAUUUCAGCAUGGUGCUUUAUCAUUUGACGUCGUGGGCCCGGAGGUGACGUGGACAAAUGUGCUGAUAACAGCCAUAACGCAACGUUACUGUAUACCAAGAGAAGG